CGGUCACUUACUAAGCGGCGCUCGGCCCGUCGCCUCCGCCGGCUCCUCCCUGCGCCGAGGGGAGCGGGGCAGCGCCGCCGCUUCGCCCGCCUCCGGGCGGGGCUCCCGCGGGCACGAAGCGCGGCAGGGGACCGGCGGCCGUUGCUCGGGGUCGCGGCCCGCUCCGGCUCGCUGGCGCUGCCUUGAGGCUGCCGGGCGCGCUGACGCCGCGCUCCUUGUUUGUGCUCGGCCCUUAGGGACGCGGCGCUGAGGUCCGCCGGCGGCAUGCUGGGCAGGAGGCACAAGAAAAGCCCUCAGGCCAAGGGCCGGGGAGCCGCGGUGGCGAAGCAGCUGGGGCUGUUUGUAGAUUUCAAUCCUGAAGAGAUGCUGCUGGGUGCAGAGGAAGGUGGGGAUGAUGGUGACCUAGAAGCAGAGCUUGCUGCUAUCACAGGAGCAAAGGUGAAAGAAGGGAAAACCAAACCAAAAGGAAAAACUCCUCUGCCCAUGGAUCAUAUUGAAAAGAUGGCUGCAGAGUGCAUGAAGGACCUGAAUGAAGAUGAGGAGGAAGCAGAGGAUGAAGACUUGGAGAAAGAUACAGAUCUGUUGGCAGAAUUGCAAGAAGUUCUGGGGGUGGAAGGUGAGACAGGAAGCUGUGAGGAUGAAACAAGAACAAUGGAGCAGUCUGUAGCUGAAGCAGAAAAUGAGCAACCUGAACUGCAACCACAGACCACCUCGCUUCCUGCUGUUACCAGUGAGCUGCAGCAGACAAUAGAGAAGAGAAUUGUUAACUAUAGGACGGCAAUUUCUAACACAAAGGACUUGGGUGAGAGUGCCAAACUGCGGCGGUACAAAAGAGGCCUUAAGACAUUGGAAACCAUGCUGGCUGCAGUGAAGAGAGGCAAAAAAAUCAAUGAGGAAGAAAUGCCACCACCUGUUGCAACAGGAAAAAGCUCUUCUCACGUAUCUCAAGCCACAGGAGCAGAGCAGGAAAAUUCAGGAGAUUCAGUCAGUGUCCCACCAGAGAGCAGAGCUGAGUCUUGUGCAGGUGAUGAGCAGAAGACCUCACAUGAAGCAAAGCAGCACCUGGAAUUGGAAUCUCUACAGAGUCAUGCUGCUUCUAGUCCUACCCUGGACACAGGUGUCCAUAGCAGUGGCACACGAGAAAUACUACUUAAGAGGCAGAAGGAGUAUAAGUUAGCAGCUCUGAAAGCCAAGCAGCAAGGGGACCUGGAAAAGGCAAAGGAAUACAUGAAAAUAGGCAAGAAAUUUAAUGUGGUCUUGGAAGCUCUGGACAGUGGGCAGCCAAUAGACCUCCAGAACAUGCCUCCACCUCCUCAGGAUCUUGAAAGCUUAGGAAAUGUACAAGGUACAUCCAAGCAAAAGGUUCCAGCUUCGGUGGGAAGUUCUCAGGAUCUUGCAACACUUGAUUCCCAAACCCAAGAAGCUUCAGCUUCCCCACAGGAGCCAAAGACAGUGCUGGAAGCAUUGCAGCAAAGGCUUGAAAAGUACAAGUUGGCAGCAGCACAAGCUAAAGCAAGUGGGGAUGAUCGGAAAGGCAGAAUGCACGAGAGGAUAGCCAAGCAAUACCAGGAUGCCAUAAGAGCCCAUAAAGCAGGGAGAAAAGUUAACUUUUCUGAGCUACCUGUUCCUCCUGGAUUUCCCCCCCUUCCUGGUGUUGCAGCACCAAGUGGUGACAGAACUAUAGCUGCUGUUCUGGAAAAUGCCAGCAAGCUGGCAAGCAUGGAGGAUAACGAUGAAGAGGAUGAGAAUGAACUUCUGACACAGGCCCCAGUUGCCAAGAAGCCUGCUCAGCUGCCUGGAAAGCCGACUCAGGUUGUUAAGCCCAUUACAGUGCCAUCUGCUGUAGCUGAGGAGGAAAGCUCUCCUGAGUGUGUAAAACAAGUUGCAUCACCCUCCAGCCCGGACAAGGCAGAGUCAGUGGAUCAUCUUCCUCCAGCUGCUAGGGAACAGCUGGAACUUCUGGAGAACAGAAAGAAGCAAUAUAUGAAGGCAGCCAUCAAAGCAAAGAAGGAAAAUAAUCUUGAACAGGCUAAGAUGUAUCUCAGAACAGCUAAGACCUUUGACCUGAAGAUUGAGGAAGCAAAAUGUGGCAAACUUGUUGAUAUUUCCAAGCUGCCAUCACCUCCUACAGAUGAAGAGGGUGGUUUUAUCUUUAUACACCAUGAAGAUGUCAGACUAUCUCAGAAAGCAGAUGAAGUGUACACACAGCUCAUAAAACUGCUGAAGGACCAACAUGAGAAAUGUUUGCAGUAUUCCAAGCAGUUCAUGCAUCUGGGAAACGUAGCUGAAACGACUCGGUUUGAGAAGCUGGCACAAGGGUGUAAAAAAGACUUGGAUAUCCUACAGCUUGCACGAGCACAAGGAAUGGAUCCCCCAAGCCAUCACUUUGAGGAGAGAACUUUUAAGAUGAUAAGGAUAUUUUCUGAGCUCAACAGCACAGAGAUGCACCUUCUUAUUGUCCGGGGGAUAAACCUACCAGCUCCACCAGGUGUGGCACCUAAAGAUUUGGAUGCGUUUGUGAAGUUUGAAUUUCAUUACCCGAGCACGGAGCAACCUCAAAAGAGUAAAACGCCUGUAAUUAACAACAGCAACUGUCCAGAAUACAACCAGCUGUUCAAGUUGAACAUCAACCGAAAUCACAGAGGUUUCCGACGAGCAAUUCGGUCCAAAGGAAUUAAAUUUGAAGUAUAUCAUAAAGGGUCCUUUUUCAGAAGUGACAAGCAUGUGGGAACAGCACACCUGAAACUGGACAAGCUGGAGUCAGAAUGUGAAGUUAGAGAGAUCAUCGAGAUAUUUGAUGGCAGAAAACCCACUGGAGGGAAACUGGAAGUAAAAGUGAGACUCAGGGAGCCCCUCAGCGGUCAGGAUCUUCAAACAAUUACAGAAAAUUGGCUGGUCCUUGAACACUAGUUCCUAUAUGAGCUCCACAAGAAGGCUGAGAUGUGGGAUGAACGUGUAUGAAGAGAGAUGCUGCUAGCUGCAAGCACCAAAGACGUUACCCGAAUGCACUACUGAACCUAAUGUCUCUUUUGGUAACAGCCAUAGUGCUUAUUAAUAAUUCUAAGGCAAAUGUAAGGCUCAGAAAAUUUGCUGCUGCAGGGUGUUGUUAUUUUGUCUACACGAAAUAGACAGAAUUGCCUUAACGUGGGACUACUAACGUAGCACCAGGAUGAAUGUUACAUUAACUAUGCAGAGCGUGCGGAAGGUUUAGCCCUUAAAAACAAAAUUCCCUGAGGCAGCACAGAAACUUUUCAGUCAAGGUCCAGGUAAGGCCUUUCAUAGAUAGAUCUAUUUUUUGUUAAGUGUACAACACUCAACGCGGUACAGGGAGCAAUCUGCGACAGCUUUUUCUGCUUAUCAUCGACUUUGUUCCCCCCACCCUCUGCCCAGUGGCACUUUCCUGCCACAGAGGGGAGAAAACUCAGGCAGAAUUCUGGCAGCAGCAUCCCCCUCCUCUACGCAUGCCACUGCAGCAGGAAGUUCAGCUUCUUGGGAUGCUGCCUUCCACAAGAGGAGGCUGCAAUGCUUCUUAGCAGCAGGUGCUUACAGAUCUGCAUUUUUGUUCUGGCUACGCUGUCUGCCGCGCUUACUGCACUGCUUACUGCAGGGCAGCCGGGGUACUGUGCCUUUUUUUGUCUGUUUGUUUAUUUAAAAGAGAAACAAAGAGAGAUGCUAGACUGCUGCUUCACAAAUGGUCACUGUCUUCUUUUACAGAAAUAGGCUUUCACAGUUCUUCCAGGUGAUGGGAAAACAGCCGCUCUGUGGGGUGUAGAAAACGGGAUUAGGACUAUUUUCAGGAAUGCCUUGAAUUAGCAGCAUACAAAAAAAUGGUACCAAAUACAUUUGUGGGCUUAAAUCUCUGUGAGCCAACAGCAAUGAGUGACCUCAGAGGAGAGGAUGUGCCUCACCAGGCGGUGCAGUGCGGCUGCUGGGGGGCUGUGGGGAAGGUGGGGCUGUGGGCAGGAAAGAGUCCAGAGCAGUUGGGCAGUGCUGCCUCUGUCUUCCUGAGCAGAUGAAGACAAUACAGUAUUUAGUUUUUAAUUUCAAUAAAUUUAAUAUACAAAACUACAUGUUGAAAAUAAAAAUAUAAUAUGCAGUUUUUUGCAGUGUUAACUAACUGAAUUUUAAAAGUACAAUUUUUUUUUCUAAAACAAGUACUCAUUUCUUAACAACAUGGUAAUUAAGGUCAUUUAAAAGGCUAUGGUUGAAGCAAACAUGUCAGUCACCAGUUGAUAGUGUUCUGCACAAACGUAACCCAAACUUAAAUGACUUCUGGGGCAAAGGAAGAGAAGAUCAACAUUUCUCACCUCUUUUACUGCAUUAUUAAGCAGGACAAUGCAACUGAGGUAACUGGGAAGCUGCUGCUGUGGCAAAGCUGGAGUGCAGGCUAUAGGAGGAAGGUUUUUUUUUUUACUUUGUUUACAGAACUCUCUUCCAGAUACCAAAUCUUGCCUACACCACAUAGUGCUGCACUGUGCAGCAACAUGGGCAGGAGGGAGGCUGAAAGUAACCUCAGUCCUGCUCCACUGCACAAAUACAUAGGGAGGCUUUUCAUUGUUUAAGGUUCGUUUGGCCACCCUGAAACAUGAAGCCACCUUUUUCCAACUGCCAGAGGUAAGGCUGUACUUACCGGACACUUAAUGGGGUAAAUGUUACUAAAGCACUACCUCUUGCUGGCCAGCGUUUAUCUCUGGAUUGGGACCCCAGCAGUGUGGCCUUUCUUCUUGAAACAUCAGGUGCUAACAGCUGUAAUUUGCUAUAAAUUUGUAGAACUUUUUUUUAAAAAGCAGUAGCCAUUUAUUCACAGAUACACGGUGCUGGCUUUACAUAAAAUGCAUCACUGUGUACAGUUACCUUUUCCUUUGCCCAGCUGAUGCUGUAUAUUUGUUUAAAGAACAUAGCAUUGGUCUCACAGUAGCCUUGGACUUCUCUUUCUGGCUGAAAGGCUGCCUGUCUCGCUCACACACAGCAGCAACAAAAUGAUCCCCACUGCAUCCAGCACAACUGAUGCAAGUAGGGACAAUGCAAGGUCUGAGAUACUGUCUUCCCCACCUAAUUUUCCAUAUAGACAGCAGGGGGAAAUGUUCACCCCCUUCCCGAAGGAGUUCUGAGCUGCUUUGCCUGGCUCACCAGACAGCCCCCUGCUCCUGCUCGUUAGCAGCUUUCCACUGGAACAAUUCAAUCUGGGGAGACUGAAAUCACAUUUCUUCUAGCUGUGUCAAUUCCAGCUCCACAGUGCUGUGCCAGCUGUGAGCAGCUGCUUCCAUAGCACCCUCCCAGGUGAGACCAAGAGCACUGGGCCAUGUGCAAGUUUCCAGAGCUGACCAGAAAGCCUUUUUCAGCAGAACAUGCAGAAACAGACACUCUAUACUUUUAUCACAGGUAAGCUUUUACAUGGUGCUGCUAAUAAGUGCAAGCUGUCUUGUAUUACAUGACACUAGCAUUACACUACAGCGUACAGCAGGGAGGAGACUUAAAGCUGCCCUGGGUGUUACUCUCUUUAAAAAGCAGGACCUACUGGGGGAAAGGGAAAUAACUGCACUUCAGGACUAUUCCUUUGCUUGGGACAGGUAUCCGAAAUUCAUACAGACUUGUAAACAAAGUAGAGAAGCACAGAGGUGUUCUAGAAGGUUACAGAAAUCAGCUGAGGUAACAAAAAAAACAAAGAACAACCAACAAACUUCUCUUUUUGUUGUUUUUUUUGUUGUUUUCUUUUUUUUUUUACA